CCACCAUGUCCUCUCCUGCUCCGCCGCCAGCGGAACUCCAGGCAAAUCUCAGACAACGACGCGUCGGGGACCGAACGUCCUCCAGCUCACCAGCAACAAGUAGCGGGGAACCGGACGCACCUAAGCGAGAGGAAGUAGUGUGGGGGAAGACGCCAAGUGGAGAAGUGUUCCGUGUGCCUACCACUCAUGAUGUGCUGACUCUCUUCCACCCUGGUUAUCCCAAGUCACACAUCGACCUGCUCAACCUCGCGUUACUGGGUACCCAACUCGUCCUCUUCUUCACGCUUCCCCGAAAUGUGUCACGCGCGUUCUUCUUCUUGUACUUCGCGUUCUGGCGAGCAGCGUACGAUCUGGGUCUCGGGUGGGUCCUCACGAAGCAGAGUAAACGUAAAUGGAUUGUCAGGGAGGUGCAGCGCCUCGGAUGGCUCGAUCCUGACCGCAAGCCUGAGGUCAGGCGGUGGAUCAAAAGUCAACUCGCUGGGAAGAUGGGCAAAGACUACUCAUUCGAUGAACUGCCCCUAGAGUACAACACAUGGCUCUUGUUCCGCCAGCUCGUGGAUAUCAUUCUGCUCAAUGAUUUCUUGGCGUACUGCAUGUUUGCCUUCUCGUGUUUCCGCAUUCCCGAAGGACUGUCCCUGACGCUUCACAUCAUGAGGUGGAUCGGGGGUAUCGCGCUGAUUGCCUUCAACCUGUGGGUCAAGACCGAGGCACACCAAGUCGUCAAGGACUACGGCUGGUACUGGGGCGAUGUGUUCUUCCAGCGUGGUGCGCUCGUCUUUGACGGCGUAUUUGAGCUUGCCCCUCACCCUAUGUACUCUGUUGGAUAUGCUGGUUACUACGGUCUAUCGCUUAUCGUCGGGAGCUAUGCCGUUCUGUUCGUGAGUUUGGCCGCGCAUGCUGCCCAGUUUGGCUUCUUGGUCUUCUUCGAGAACCCCCAUAUCGAGCGCACCUAUGGUCAACGCAAGCCUCUGGCUGUGCGUUCGCCGAUACAACCUCGUGCUCCGCGCAAGGCGUCCGAAGACUCGCUGGAGUCAUCUCACGUCCGUAAGGCAUCUACCUCAUCAACAUCUUCUCUUGCGGAGGCGCCCACUCCCGCGGUAACGGAAGGCGACACGGCGACAGAGUCUGAGGAGCUCAUCACUGAAGUUGAGACUGAGACCGAGAUGGUUACCCCCCCUCGCCAGCUGAAGAAGCUCAGGACCCAUGCGCUGUCGUCGAAGUCGUCGAGAGAUAGCCUGGGCAGGCCCGCUUCUCCGAAGACCCGCGGAGCCAUCUCCCAGCAUGACCUAUUCCACCGGUACUUCCGCAAGGAUGCGGUACUGCUCCACAACGUCGAUAUGUUCCGCGCAUCCGAUUUCCAGCUGAUCCUGAUUUUGUCCUACGCGGUCGCGCUCACCAUCUGCCCAACGAACUCGCUGCCGCUGCACUUCGUCCACGCUCUCACAUGGUGCCUGUUCAACGAGUUCGGUCUCGGCCUGCUGCUCCGCGCACAGUCUCAGAACAAGUUCCUCGUUCGCCACUACCUGAAGCACUACCAUUACCCUCAAAACGACCGUGGCCAGGGUGCGAUUCGGGAAGCCUUGCAGAACUGGAAGGGUAUCUAUAACAUGAGCAUGUGCAUGUCGUACGUCUCUCUUGGCUGCUUAGCUUGGAAGACGUAUUCUGUCCCCGACUGGCAGCAUUGGACUGCUGGCAACGAGUUGCUCCGCCAUACACUUGGCGCCCUCAUGAUCGGCCUUCACAUCUGGUCAAGUCUUGAGUCUUACGAAGUCCUCGGUCUGUUUGGCUGGUUCUUCGGUGACUUCUUCAUUGAGGACUAUCCGGCGCACCUUGAGUAUACCGGUAUCUACCGGUACCUCAACAAUCCAGAGGUAAUUAGCGGUGCCACCUUCUUUGGCCUCGCUCUCGUCUCUGGGAGCAAGCUCGUCUUCGCGCUGGCUGUCAUUCGCCACUUGUCUCACUGGUGGUUCCUCAGUCAGGUUGAGUACCCGCAUAUGAGGAAGCUCUAUGGUGAAUCUAUUCGUAGUGAUGCUGGCUUCGUUAAAGUCAUCAAGAAGGUCGCGCAGAAGAACGUGCGUCUCCUUGAGUCGCGCGCCGGCAAGCACGCUCCUGAGAUUAAGCGCGUCGCGCGCGAGGUCAAGGGCACGUUUGACAAGGUGUACGAGGAGACCGCCGAAGUCGUUGAGGAGUUCCUUUCCAAAUCCCGUCCCAAAAUAUCUGAGGUCGUGGAGGACACUAAGGUUCUUCUCCAACAGUCUCGGGAGCGCCUCGUUAUCUCGCGCGUCGCGAACGAUCUAUCCUCCUACGAUACGAACAAGUACAGGAUCUCCAUCGUCCCCUCAGCAGAUGGCACCCUCCGCUUCCACCUCGGUGAGCCGAUCCGCGUCAAGUGGCGAGCGCCCAAUCACCACUCGCGCAAGGACUGGAUCGGUAUCUACCGCGUCGGCUCGAACCAGUCGAACCUUGUCACGAAGACGUCGUCACUCGGCAUGUGGAUGCCCGUGCACGACGGCGAGUACGACGGCGACAUCCCGAUCGAGCUCCAAAAACCGAAGCGCACUGCGGGCGCCUCCCCGGACUUCGAAGAGGAUGAGGUCGUGUUCACGGGGAGCGUGCUUCCCUGGCGAACGGGAAAAUACGAGAUGCGAUACCACCACGACGGUAAAUAUAAUGUGAUGAGUCUAGAUGGGCCCUUCGAAAUCUAUGUGGACAAGCCGAGCCAACUUACCUUCGAUACGGUGCGGGGUACCCUCAAGCGCAUCGUCCCUCUCUGCCUCGACUCCGACCCUUCGCUCAUCCCGCAGUCGUGCAAGGGCUAUUCGGCUCAGGCAGAGGCAGAGGACGGCCGAGAUCCCGACGACUUCCGAUUCUGGACCGAGCGGCAGGCGAAGCGCAUCUCGCUCGCAAUCGAGCAGGCUUUCGACGUCGAGCUCACGCCGGACGUCAUCGUCGCUGACGCGAACCUCAGUGCACUCGCGAACCGGAUCCUCACCUCGAAAGAGCUUCUGUCGGAAUGAGAAGGCAUUGAGGAGCCGAAACAACCCCGCUUGUCCAAAAGCUUUCAUGAACAAAUUGACGAAUUCAGGACGAACUAUACAUGUCAGACGUUGGUUACUGAAGAGACAUGGCUCUAUCCCGGGAACUCUUACCGUUUUUUUUCUUUCAUCGCUAGAUACGCCAGAUGGUUUAUAACUCGCCUACAAUAUAGCGAUACACGGUAAUUGAGUGGAUUUUCCUUCGC